UUCUUUAUACAGAAUCUGUCGUUAAAAAUCAAAUUGAAAUAAUUUUAGUUCAUUUACCUCGAAAAAGUGCAAUACGCCAAGAGCAUGGACGCGCGUCGUAAAAUGUAUAUACUCUUUUUUGUAUGCUGCUUCAUUGUGGUAUUCUGCUUAAUUUUAAUCAUUUGCCUCUCCGGGUUUUCGCAUGAAUCACGCAAGUUUCGAGCGCUUCUCUUCGUCAUAAUCGUUGUGUUACUCUUUCACAGUCUGAUCGGUGAUUUUGUGAAAUUCUUGGCAUACGCUUGCUACUCGGCGUUGCGCAAGAAACCACCCGUUCAGGAGGGCCCAGAUAUAGGCCGUUCAACCGGCACUUACAGUUACGAUGAGGAUGCACUGGUACGGCUACAACUAGCCAGCCACGAGGCUGCCAUGCAUACAACACCAUCACAUUAUAACGAGUCUUUGAAUCUCAAAUAUAAACAGAUUAUUAACGAGCUUCGGCUGUAUGGGUUAUAUUUCUUAUUGCUAUUACUGUUAGUAGUUGGCUCACGGAACUAUCUCGCCUUUUACAACACAAAUACGCUGAAAAUUGUGUUAGAAGAAAAACGUUUGGACGCUUUUGGCCUGUAUUAUGUGCACACCUUGGAAGACGUCUAUGAAUAUAUGCGCCGCAUCAUAAUUCAGGCCUUCAAUGAGGGUCGUGACUACAAUGGUGAGGUUAUAGAAGAACCGGGCUGGAUACAAUAUAACAUUGCUAAGCUUCUAAGUGUCGUGCGUUUGCGGCAAGUACGGCGCGAAGACCCUCAUAUCGGGUUGAGUUCGCCAACCUUCGAUUACAGAAACUUCAUGCCGCGUUGGCAGUUACCUUUCAAAAAGUUGCAUUACAUUAACAAGUAUAUACACACUUACGGACCAUGGCUAGAGGGUCAAAUAGACUGGAGUAUAUUUACAGCCAGCGAUCGAGAAGGCAAAUUGCACACGUAUUCCGAAAAUAAGGGUUACUCUACAUUCCUUUCACGCGACCUAAAUAAUAGUCUCAAAAUAUUGGAGUAUUUAAGAAAAGCCAAUUGGCUGGAUGCCCGGACGGCUGGAGUAUUCAUCGACUUUACACUCUACAACGCUGAUUCAAACAUAUUUAGCGUUUGCACGAUUUUGCUGGAGUACACACCCUUCGGUAAUGUGCUCACCCAUGUUGAUGUUCAGAGCGUUGAGUUGAUGAUGAAUUUGGAUAAUAUGCCCGGAGUGUUUUUAAUGAUUUUCCUAUUAUACCUUUUCACAUUAAUCUAUUUCACUAAACAUUUGGUUUUGAAUAUACUCUACAAAACGAAGAUGUCUGCCUCACCUUGGAAUGUCGUGGAUGGCGUUAUAAUUGUUUUAAAUAUAUUCAUCAUUAUUUUGAUUAUUGUGCGUGAGUCAAAGGUGUCUACAAUGAUGACACAGUUUGAGGUAUCGAUGAAACUGGAGUUUAUAGAUUUUCGUGUACCUGCAAAGAUCUACUACCUAACGAAUCUGACAAUCGGAUUUCUUAUUUGUCUGACCACACUACGACUGUGGAAAGUAUUUCAAUUUGCCAAACCUUUUCGGGUCUUUACACGUACCCUCUAUCGGGCAAGAUAUGCAUUACUAACGCUUAUGGUAAUUAUCGUCAUUUGGCUAUUUGCUUUUGGCAUCAGUUCGUAUAUAAUAAAUGGGAACGACACAGAACAUUUCACCCAUCUGCUAAAAAGUUUUACCGCAUCCAUGAGUUAUUCAUUUGGUUUCAGUAGCACUGUUAGUCCGUAUGAUCUCACUUACGGUGGACUAACUCUCGGAUUCAUUUUGUAUGCACUGCUAAUGUUCGUUAUUGCUAUCGUUCUACUGAAUCUAUUCAUAACCCUCAUAUGCGAUUAUUUUUCCGAAAACAAAAACACACCGGAUGAUGACGAAGCUACCGAAUUGAGCUUUUAUGAAUUUCUUAGAGUUGAAUAUGGUGGUUUUGGUCGCUGGUUUAAGCGUACAUUGUGCAGUUGUUGCGUGAAGCGUGCCUAUGAUCCCGAGAAAGGAAAUGUUAAGGAAAGCAUUGAGAAAUCUGUGAUGAACAGUGAGAGAAGAACAUUGAAGCGCAAGCAGGCGGGACUGGAAAAUGGGGACUCUCUUUAUGGACGUCAACUGCGAGAUCUCAAUCAAGUACGAGCAAUGGCGCGAAAGUUGAAUGCUCAAGUAGCGCUAUUGCGUCGCUAUCAGCGUUGGCGUCAACGUUAUCCAUAGUACUACUAUUUCAUUUAAUUUAUUAACUGUAAAUAUUUAAUAGAAUUUCGAAAAAGAGAAUAAAGGAUUAUGAAUUUGAGAAAAAA